CUUGACGACCUCAUCAGGGCCGCCGAGGCCCAGCAUGAGCACCAUGUCCGCACGCUGCGCAGCCUGCAGGACGGCAUGACGAUGCGCCGCAUCGACAGCCAGCCGCGCAGCAUCAUCACCAUCCCGGAGCCCUUCACGCCGCCGCUGCGGGCCCUGACGUUUGCCUCGGAUGCGGGCCAUGCGGCGUCCAUCAGCGUCCCGCCGCGCCGCCGGACCCGGGCGUCUACCCUCGAGACGACGGCCGAGCGGCCGGCCAUGACGCCGGAGAUCCGGCCGCUGACCAACUCGCCCGGCGGCGGCCACAGCGCCGUCUUCCACCCCGACGACGACGUCAAUUUCAUCCCGUUGCUCGAUCCGACGUCGGCGUCCAUUCCCAGCCACGGCCGGUACCUCGAGGACGAAACCUUCAUCCCCAUCCGCCGCCCACUUACACCGAUGCACUUCCCCGACGAUGAGCUGCUGCGACACCUCCGCGACACCGACUUCACGCCCGAGAUGGCCCGGCUCCUCGAGGACGCCAUCAAGCGCCGCGGCGACAUCGACCUCGCCAUGACGUUCCGCGACUUUGCGGCGUAUGAGCGCGAGGGCUACGUCCAGUCGACGUUUGAGGUGUACGAGGUUGGCCGGGACUCGAUGCCCGUCAAGCUGAGCGCAGAUGUUGACAUUGAUUUGGAUGGACCCCUGGAGGUCAAGUAUACGGGCGACGGGCCGUAUGAGAACGCGCCCAUUGUUGAUGCGCCGACGGUGUGGGAGGCUAUUGGCGAUGUCAACCCGGAUGCUCAGUCCGUUGGUCGAAUCACCAUCGUCCAGGAACCCACCCCCCUCAUCCUCGCCGCCCUCCAUCUCACCAUGGCUCCUCACUUCGAUAUGUCGGAGCUCAUCGCCCAUCUCCUGACCGACGCCCCCAACCGCGGCCGCACCCACGCCUUCAUGAACCGCGCCUUCGAGCGAGCCCCCUCAGCCCUCCCGUCUUCGCCAUAUUCUUCAUCUUCUCCCACGGCGCUCCCUGUCGGCGCCCCUGCUACCCUCCGGCCGUCUCCCUCGCUCUCCGCGGCCCACAUCCGCCAGCGGUCGUUCUUCUUCGUCUUCAAGUACUACACCGUCGUCGGCGCAAACCUCACCCCAGCCCCCUGGCAGCGCUUUGACAACAGGCCUCUAGACAAGAGGCUCGGUGACCACAUUGACAUUGCCGAGUGCGGCUCCAUCCUGGCGCUGUCGCUCGGCGGUGAUCCAACCAAGCCCGUCCGCAUGCGCCCUCGCCGGGAGCGUGUAAGGGAGGGUUUCUUGUUUGACACAUUUGGGCCAUGGCAUCUCCUCAGCAUCCAAAGCUUUCCAGACAACGCGCACACAGUUCGAGGCGAGGAAUUCCAGGACAAGGAAUUCAUCAACGGGCCGUGUGCUUUUCUUGACCUCCUCAUCGCCGAGUACCGAGACGCUGGGAAGAGAAACCAGAUUCUGCAUGAGUCCAUUACCAAACUCAUCACUCCAAAGACCGAGUUCAUGUUUGACCCCAAGCUCCGCGACAAGCUUCUGUUCGAGGACAAGCACUUCACGUACAUCCGCCGGUACUUCUGGGCGUACAACACGCUCGCCGUCGUCAACACCGGCAUCAAGGCCAUGAUGGCCGCCUACGUCGACACCUUCACCGACGAGUUCUGGGACGGCACGCACCCGAUCCUGUGGCCGCACCCGGCGCCCGAGUCGCCGGCUGGCCAGGCGUACCGCGCUCACAUGGCCAACCUGCGUCGCGAGCUCGACAAGGUGGUGCGCGAGCUGGGCGAGGUGCUCAAGCGCAACGAGCGCACGCGCAAGGAGAUUGAGAACCUGCGAGACCAGCUGUUUAGCGGAAGCUCCAUCAAGGAGAGUCGCAGGGCAAUUGACCAGGGUGAUAAUAUUCGCAUUUUGACCAUGAUUAGCAUGAUCUUUCUGCCCCUGACGUUUGUUACGUCUGUCUUUGGCAUGACCGAAUUCAAAAUUGCGGCCUCGGAUUGGCGCUUCGCCGUCACCAUGGUGCUCGUCUGCGUACCGUUUAUGCUUCUCAUCUCCAUCCUACAAACGAGGUCCUUCGGCCUCCUCCUCACCAGGCUCAGCGCCAUUGCCGCCCUACCACGCCGCCUCACGGCCUUUAUC